AAAUUGUAUUUCUCCUGAGAAUUCAACAAUGUCAACUGAAGAAGAUCCGUCUUUAGUGGACGCGGAAGAAUCAAUGGAAGAGGGUUCUGUCACUCAAGACGCAACUGAAGAAACAGAAGAAGAGGAAGAACAAGAGCAAGGCGAUGAGGCUGGACCAUCUGAGCGAAAGCGUUCUUCUAGAAAGAAAGGCGGAAAGGGAGGCAAAAAAGGAUCCAAAAAGAGUGCUGCCGCAGCUAGCAAGGUUGAGAUUCCUGAUCCGUAUAAUUCGACAAGUGAAGAAGUUUGUGCUGCUAUCGGAUUGACAGACGUCGAAUUUGAUUAUGAUGAAGAGGAGUUUCAAGGAAUUUCUAAUCUGAAGACUUUCUCCUCAAUCAUCAAGCCACAAAUACUGGAGGCAAACCCCGGAACCAACGUAUCCAAGAUGUACCCGAUGUUCCAAGUCAAAUAUAAAGAGUAUCAAGAUCACAUGGCUGCCCAAGGAAAACCUGUUCAAAAACAAGCUAGAGGUUCAAAGACUCCAGCAGUUUCCACACCCGUCAUCCCUCCACGAUCAGCUCCAACGAAGACUCGUUCUGCAAGGAGAAAGCGUCGAGAUUCCGAUGCUCCUGAUAGUGAUCAAGAGUUUGAGGCAUUUAUUAAGCAACAAGAACAACUGGAGGACGAUUUGGUAAAAGACAAGGAAGAUGCUCGUAUCAAACGUGCAGCGGAAAGAGAAGAGAAGAAAAAAGGAGCAUUGGAAGCUGCUCGUGCCGCUAAAAAAGCAAAAUUAGAAAAGGGCGAAGAAGCUGAAAAUAAUGACUACUGUGAGGAGUGCAAGCAAGAUGGAGAACUUCUUCUUUGUGACACCUGUCCCCGCGCUUACCAUACAGUCUGUAUUGAUGAAAAUAUGGAAGAACCACCAGAGGGUGAUUGGAGUUGUGCUCAUUGUAUCGAACAUGGCCCAGAAGUAGUUAAAGAAGAACCGGCGAAGCAAAACGAUGAAUUCUGCAAGAUCUGCAAAGAAACUGAGAAUCUUCUGCUUUGUGAUAGUUGUGUAUGCUCAUUCCACGCAUAUUGUAUUGAUCCUCCACUUACCGAAGUUCCGAAAGAAGAAACAUGGUCGUGCCCACGGUGCGAGACGGUUAAGCCGGAACACAAAAUCGAAAAAAUCCUUUGCUGGAGAUGGAAGGAAAUCCCGUAUCCAGAACCUCUCGAAGCUGGGAAAGAGGCUUCGAGUGACGAUGCGAUGCUCAAACCACCACGGAAAAUGGAACCAAGACGUGAGCGUGAAUUCUUCGUGAAAUGGAAGUAUUUAUCAUACUGGCAGUGUUCUUGGGUCUCCGAAAUGCUGUUGGAAGUUCAUUUCCGUAUGCUUAUAUUGCUAUAUUGGCGCAAAAAUGAUUCCGAUGCUCCUCCAGAAUUUGAAGAAUCCGUUACGUCUCGUCAUCAUUCUGAUAAUGAUCCUUAUAAAUUGCGCGAGCGGUUCUACCAGUAUGGUAUCAAACCGGAAUGGAUGCAAAUUCAUCGUAUUAUCAAUCAUCAAUCAUAUGCAAAGUCGCAGCAGGAUUACCUUGUUAAGUGGAAGGAGCUCAGCUAUGAUCAAGCCACUUGGGAACGAGAUGAUUCUAAUAUUGCCAAUUACGAAGAAGCAAUCAUUAAAUACUGGCAACAUCGUGAGAGCAAAUUAAAUGAGGAUAUUCCUAAAAAUGUGCAGAAGAUGAUUGCUAAACAUCGCGAAGCUAAAGGUCUUCCUCCAAAAGAAGACGAAAAGAAAAAGAAGAAGCGUGAGAAGAUUGACAUCCGUAAAAAAUAUGAAGUUCAGCCCGACUACGUUACGGAAACCGGAGGAAAACUUCAUCCAUAUCAACUGGAAGGACUUAACUGGCUUCGUCAUUGUUGGUCCAACGGAACUGAUGCGAUUCUCGCUGAUGAAAUGGGUCUUGGGAAGACUGUUCAAUCGCUUACUUUCUUAUACAGUCUCAUGAAGGAAGGCCAUUGCAAAGGACCAUUUUUGAUUGCCGCUCCUCUAUCAACUAUUAUCAAUUGGGAGCGUGAGGCUGAACAAUGGUGUCCUGAUUUCUAUGUGGUCACUUAUGUUGGUCUUAGAGAUGCUCGUGUUGUGCUCCGAGAACAUGAGUUUUCUUUCGUUGAAGGUGCCGUUCGAUCCGGACCGAAGGCUUCAAAAAUGAAGACGACAGAGAAUAUGAAGUUCCACGUGUUGCUCACUUCUUAUGAGACUAUCAAUAUGGAUAAAACUAUACUUUCUUCCAUUGAAUGGGGAGCUCUUGUUGUUGAUGAGGCUCAUCGGUUAAAGAAUAAUCAGUCGUUGUUCUUCAAAAAUCUCAAUGAAUAUACUAUUCAUUAUCGCGUACUUCUCACCGGAACUCCACUUCAAAACAAUUUAGAAGAGCUCUUCCAUCUCCUCAAUUUCUUGUCCAAAGAACGUUUCAAUCAGCUCGAGGCUUUCACUGCCGAAUUCAAUGAGAUUUCCAAAGAGGAUCAAAUUGAAAAACUUCAUAACUUGCUCGGACCUCACAUGCUUCGCCGUCUCAAAGCUGAUGUGUUGACUGGCAUGCCAUCGAAAUCAGAAUUAAUUGUUCGAGUUGAACUGAGUGCUAUGCAGAAAAAAUGGUAUAAAAAUAUUCUGACUCGCAAUUUUGAUGCAUUGAAUGUGAAGAAUGGAGGAACUCAAAUGUCAUUGAUGAACGUCCUUAUGGAAUUGAAGAAAUGUUGUAAUCAUCCAUAUCUUUUUGUGAAGGCAGAGUUGGAGGCUCCGAAAGAGAAAAACGGAAUGUAUGAAGGAACGGCGCUCAUCAAGAAUUCCGGAAAGUUUGUUCUUCUUCAAAAAAUGUUGAGAAAGCUGAAGGAUGGUGGCCACCGAGUGCUUAUCUUCUCACAAAUGACAAGGAUGCUGGACAUAAUGGAAGAUUUAUGUGAAUAUGAAGGAUACAGAUAUGAAAGAAUAGAUGGAAGUAUCAUGGGACAAAUGAGACAAGAUGCUAUCGAUCGUUACAAUGCUCCUGGAGCUCAACAAUUUAUUUUCUUGCUCUCCACUCGAGCUGGAGGUCUUGGUAUCAAUCUGGCAACUGCUGAUACGGUUAUCAUAUAUGAUUCUGAUUGGAAUCCUCACAAUGAUAUUCAAGCUUUCUCUCGUGCACAUCGUCUCGGACAGAAGCAUAAAGUUAUGAUUUAUCGUUUUGUAACAAAGAAAUCUGUCGAAGAAAAAAUCACUUCAGUUGCCAAGAAGAAGAUGCUUUUGAAUCACUUGGUUGUACGUGCAGGAUUGGGAGGAAAAGAAGGAAAGACAAUGAGCAAGACUGAGCUGGACGAUGUGCUUCGAUGGGGAACCGAAGAGUUAUUCAGUGAGGAUCUUGAUGCUGCCGAAGGCGAAGGCUCGGAGAAGAAAGGUGCUGCCGCACAAGAAAUUGUUUGGGAUGAUGCAGCUGUAGAUGCUCUUCUCGAUCGCAGUAACAAAGAAGAGACUCCAGCAGGAGAAGAUGGCGAAGAAAAAGCUGAAUGGCAAAACGAAUAUCUAAGCUCGUUCAAGGUGGCCAGCUAUCAGACAAAAGAGACUGAAGGACAAGAAGAAGAGGAGGAAGAGGAAACGGAAGUGAUUAAAGAAGAUGAGAAAGAACCAGAUCCAGAUUAUUGGGAGAAGCUGCUCAAGCAUCACUACGAACAGGACAGGGAAAUCGAAUUGCAAAAGCUUGGAAAGGGAAAACGUGUUCGCAAACAAAUCAACUAUGCCAGUGAGAAUAUGGGAACUGAUUGGAGCAAGCAGAACCAAACCCAAGAUGAUGACGAUGAUAACGAGUCGUACCGUGGUUCGGACAAUGGCGACGGCCUGAACUCUGAUGAAGAUGAUUACGAUGAGAAGAAAAAGCGGCGUCGUGAUGAAGAAAAAAUGCCUCCACUCAUGGCUAAAGUCAAUGGACAAGUUGAGAUUCUUGGUUUCAAUCCACGUCAACGCAAGGCGUUCUACGGGGCUGUUAUGCGCUGGGGAAUGCCUCCACAAGAUUCUCAUCAAUCUCAAUGGCUUGUUCGAGAUCUGAGAAACAAAUCGGAAAAAGUCUUCCGAGCUUAUGCUUCACUGUUCAUGCGACAUCUCUGUGAGCCUGGAGCUGAUGGUCAUGAUACCUUUAAUGAUGGAGUUCCAAGAGAAGGUCUUAAUCGUCAGCAUGUUCUUGGCCGAAUCGGAUUGCUGAGUUUAGUUCGGCGGAAGGUUCAAGAAUUUGAGCAAUAUAAUGGCCAAUGGUCUAUGCCUGAAAUACAAGACGAAGUUCUCGCUAAAGCUGCCAAUGGUUCGGCACAAGGAUCUUCAAGAAGUACUCCGAAACCAAAAGAAGAGCCGAAGGAAGAACCAAUGGAAAAGGAAGAUGCUACUGAAACAGUUAACGGAGCUACAUCAGAGCCAGCUACAGAUGCUGAGAGUGAACAAAACGCUCCUGUUGACGAACCAAUGGAUACAGAUGAAGCCAAAGAACCGAAAGAAGAACCAAUUGAAACCGAGAAACCAAGAGCAGCCCGUCCAUCAUUCAAGUUCAACAUUUGUGACGGUGGAUUCACUGAACUUCACUCUUUGUGGGCCAAUGAAGAGAAAGUUGCAAGAAACGGAAAAGAAUAUGAAAUCUGGUACCGCAGACACGACUAUUGGCUUUUAGCUGGUGUUGUUGUACACGGAUAUGGACGUUUCCAAGCUAAUUUCAAUGACAUCAUCAAUGAUCCCAGAUUCUCAGUUCUCAAUGAGCCAUUCAAGGAAGUUGGCGCUGAGGCAACAGGAUCUGACAUCAAAGCCAAGUUUAUGCAACGUCGUUUCAAACUUAUUGAACAGUCCCUUGUGAUUGAGGAGCAACUUCGUCGCGCUGCACACGCCAAUCGUCACUUGCAGCCGGAUAAUGUUGGACCAUUGGCUCAACGUUUUGCGGAUUUAGAGAAUAUUGCUGAAUCUCAAGCUAAUAUCGCCAAAGAAAGUUCUGCUGGAAAUCGUAAUGCGAAUGCCGUUCUACACAAAACAUUGGUUCAGCUCGACGAAAUACUUUCCGAUAUGAAGGCCGACGUGUCUAGACUUCCAUCUACUUUUACACAGUUAGCGACUGUCACCGAACGUCUCAACAUGACCGAGAGACAAAUUCUUUCGCGACUGACCACAAAAGACGAGGACGCGAUAGCCAACCGUAGCGUACUUCCACCACCAGGACCAUUUGUAACUCCAAUACUUCGCCAGCAGAUGGAUGGCAUUCAACCAAAGUUUGCAGCUCUUUACAGUAAAUUCAUGUCUGAAAAUGGAGAAAGGAUGGAAGAGGAUGAACCAGUAGAGGCAGAAGAGGAAGAAGGUGUAAAACAAGAACCAGAUGAUGAGACUCAAGAUAGCGCCGAAGCUCCGCCAGUUCUUAGUGCAGAAGUGAAUUCCGACGAUAGCAACGAUGUUCCAUCUACUUCCGCUGCUGCUGCUGUCAGUUCUGAAACAGCUGCCGACGCCGAACCAGCUUCCGCCGAAGAUCAAGCUCCAACAGAUGAGCCAGAACCAAUGGAAACUUGAAUGUCUUUUUAAUUUUAUUGGGUUUUACUGUAUUUUUUCAAACUUUAAACCAUUAUAUUAUUUAUUGUUCUCUUUUUAGUUGCAUCAAUUGAAAUGCAAUUCAAAUAAUUGCGUCAUGAAUCUGUGUAAACGUUUAA